AUGUUUUUAGGAGGAGAAAAUCGCCUACGGGCCGUUGUGAAUCUUCCACUUCAUAUAACGGGACUCACGGAGAUAGACCGAGCCGGACAGACUUUAGCUUUCAAUCUCUCUCGAAUCAAUACGGUAGCCAUAACAAUUUUAGUAGCCGUAUUCUGCCUCAGUCUGGCCAGGUCUCAAAUUUCUGAGACCUCAGCUAAGACUCUCGAAAUUCCACCACCUCCGGUAAAACUCGACAAAAAUUUGCGGCAAGCGUUACUGAAGGCAUUAACGGAAUUAGAGGCCGAAUCCGCGGAGCAGCGAAGGAAUGAAGAUGAAAAAUCGCUUAUUAUGACUGUCGAGAAGACGUUCGACGAUGUAGUCAAGAAAAAUCUGAACAAGAACAUCGGGGUGAUACCCAAGGCCUCCUUCUCGUUCGACGGUUUUCCAGGAGAUGAAGAGAUCCCCAACGAGGAGAAGCUGCAGAAUUCGAGCUUUCUCGAGUCGAAGAGGUUCGUUUCCUCAAGCUCGUCGACGAUGAUAGAAAAGGCGAGUCGCGACGACGCCAGAAGCUUUCACAUACAGAACGUAAUUCUACCGGAUAAAAGUACGACGCUGCGUCCUGAAUCUAAAACGGAUCCUUUGGAAGCGAGAACGGAUCCUUUGGAAGCGAAAACUUCCACGGGCUCGUCCUCAGUCAGCAAGAUAGAGAGCAUCACGCUGAAGCCGAUCACGCAAUUAUCGGAGAGCUUGGCGCAAAGUGCCAGCAGCGGGAUUACCAGCUCCAACGGGCUGAUCGUACCAAAACCGACAGCAUCUAGUCCGACAGUUCCGCCCACGAAUAAUGUCACUUUGUCUUCUAAGGAACGAGUUCAGGCAGAGGAAGUGAAAAUUUUCCAAGCGCCUCUAGUAGCGGCCUUCACGGUGCAACAGGAUGAGCUUGGUGUGCCGAAAAGCAUCGUGCCGAUUUACAGGCAAUCGGGUGACGGGCAAGCUCUAACCCUUCAGGAGCAGUUGGAAUUCAAGCAGAAAUUACUGGAGCAACAAUUAGCAGAGCUACAGCAACAGCAGAUCCAGCAGACGCAGUUUCUCGUUAGACAACGUCAACUCUACGAGCAGCAGUUGAGGCAGAAGCAGCAGCAACAGUUGUACCUUCAGGAACAGGCAAGAAUUAAGCAAUUAGAGGAACAGGCCAAGAUCAAGCAGUUGGAGGAACAGCGUUUGAAGCAGUUGGAGGAGCAAAGGAUCUACCGUUUGCACCAGCACAAUCAUUUCCCGUUACUGCAGAAAUCGCACAUCUUCGAGCAAUCGAACGUAUUGCCGCUUCAGCCGCCUUUGGAGGCUUCCCCAAACGUUCAUCUUCAACCGAGCGUAUCUCUGGAAGUUCCCAGCGUCGCCACGCCGCCGUUAUUCCGCACGAAUUUUCCGGAGCAACUACACUUUCAGCAAUUUCGUCAACAACCCCAGCCGCAACCUCAACCCCAGCAACAGCAUCAGCAUCAACCUCAGCAUCAACCCCAGCAUCAGCAACGGUUACAACAGAAUUUCAUCUCAUUUCCCACCGACUUCCAACCGCCCGUAGCAUCGGCCACCAGAUUCAACAGGCAGGAGGCCUUUAACGCGGUCGGCAAUUUCGGUUUCAAUCUGGACAACAAGCAAUCAUCUCCAUCGAGAAACACGUUUAACUUCAACGUGCCGUCGAGAAACCCGAGUACCUUCGUCUACAAUCCCUACGUUCAGUUCCGGCAGAUCCCGCCAAGGACGCAGACGCCUGCCAAGCAGAUCCAACGUCUGCUUUAUCAAUCGGGGGUCGCCGGCGAGCUGGGCAACGUGCAGGGCCCGGGUGGCGAGGACCUCAACAUCGUGUCCAAAGUACUGGCGCUGAAUGUCGGCGCGUUGCCCAACAAGAACUACCAAUAUACCAUAACGAAUAAUCGCAAAUUGGGCAGCGCGUGAGUAAAUAAACGACGGAUGAUAUCGAUAUGUAAAACUUCGACGAGUCGUGUAAAUCACUACAGGACGAUAUUAGCAAGGUGAGAUCGAGCUCUCUCUUUUCCCUCUGUCUAUCUCCCUCCCAUUUCUUUCUUCUCCCCGUGCUACUCUCUUUCGUUCCUCAUCCGUUUCCUCUUGACCUAUUCCUCAUAUGGAUAUCUUUUAAUUUCUU